CACAGAUAUGAAUUCGUCGUUAUGGAUAAUAUGGGUAUAUUUUAUCUUCCUUAACUUCUCGGAGUCCUUUGGUUGCUGCAACUCAUGUACUAGCGACUGUUGCACUAGUUGUUGCUCCAAUUGUCAACAACAAUGUAACACUGCCCAAUGUAUAAAUACCUGUCAAAGCAACUGCUGUAGCCAAACCUGUGUCCAAUCAAGUAGUUGUGGUCAGUCACAAAGUUGUUGCAACAAUAUUGGAAGAGACAGAUCUUGUAGUUCUUGUUCUCAGUCACAAGACUGCUCUACAAAUGAUGGCAGAUUUAAGUCUUGUACUUGUCCUCCAGAACGUGUCAUCAAUGGAGGUGAUUCUGGACGUAGCACUCAAAGUCAUGAGGGAUCUUUAACAGCUAACAUUUCUUCGAAUAACGUGGUAAACAAUCACAACAUUCUUAAUUUAACCAUAGGCGUUAACAGCAACGUUGUUAAUAAUAUCAAAAAUGAAAUCGGAGGAAUGGGAGGUGGCGGCGGCAAUGGAUCUACAAACGUAGUGACAAAAGUUGUUCCCGUUGUUGUUAAAGUACCAACGAAUGGGCAUACUCCGGUACCACCAACGCCACAUCCUCCGGUACCACCACCGCAGCCGCCAAUGGGUUGCUGUAUAAUUGUAAGACCUUGCAUCAGACCUAAUUGUAAUCCAUAUCACUACACUUGCCAAGGAUGUCAUGGAAGUUAUGGGUACUUACCAGUGAAUCCAUGCGAACAAGGUUGUUAUAAGAGAGAUUCAUGGACUAGACACAGUUGUACUAUGGGGCGCUGUUUUUCUAGAAAUGUUGACUGUUCUUACUGCCAUGAAGACUUUUACCAAAGUUAUCAGGGCUAUUCGCAAUGUCAUGGAUGUUUUUACUAAAUUGUAUUGUUUGAUG